GCGGCGCAGCCCGCGGCCGCGGCGGCGGCCCCGUGGGCGGCGGCGUCCCUCGCGGGCGUGGGCGCCGGGCUGGCGGCGGCGGCGGGCAGGCGCAAGGCCGCGUGCAGGGCGAAGGGCGGCGCCUUCGACCCCGCCGCGCAGGUGGGCGCCACAGCGCCGCUGGGGUACUGGGACCCCGCGGGCUUCUGCAGCGACGGCAAGGAGGAGACCUUCGACGACCUGCGCGGCAAGGAGCUGAAGCACGGGCGCGUGGCCAUGAUGGCGAUCAUCGGCUUCCUGGGCACCGGCGCGGGCUGGCGCUUCCCGUGGACCGAGGGCGUGCCCGACGGCGUGGCCGCCCUGCAGAACGGUGGCGGCCCCUUCCUCGGCAUCUUCUUCCUCAUCUUCGGGUUUUUCGAGCUGAAGAUCAUGGACGACCUCGAGAAGGGCAACAAGCCAGGCAACUUUGGCGACCCGUUCAAGAUGGCAUCGACCGGCCUUCUGGGAGGCUACGACGAGAACUGGCGCAACUUCGAGCUGAACAACAGUCGGAUGGCGAUGAUCGGCGUCAUCGGCACCAUCGUGGCCAGCGCCUACACGAACCUGGACGUCUACGCGCAGUGGCAGGGAGGCAAGGAGGCGUCCAUCGCUUUCCUCAAGCUGACCCUGCCCUACUCUCCCUGA